CCAUGCUUACCUUCAGCACAAUGAUUGCUAUUCAGCUACGUGGAAAUAUACCAGUCCCGUCAUUUGCCUAAACCAGUAAUUCUGGUAGAUGGGACAAUUCGAAUAAGAUCGACAUGGCCUCAUUGUACCCCACAUGUGCUAAGCUUUGUGGUCUGCGCGAGUUGCUAAUCUCCUGCACGAUCUAGAGAGCUGUAGAUCACCGGAGGCAUUUAGACAGGGGUUGGUGCCAAGGAUGGCGAUCCUUUUAUAGCAGGCUACAAAGCUGGCCCCCCAUGCCACAUGCAGAGCGUGCAAUUCGUGUCCCGUUCACUUUGUGAACAUCCUCCGCGGUUUCCCCUCGCUUUCCUGAUCACACUCAGGCCUGGCGCAAGGUGAUUUGGGCCCAAACGGUUUCUCACCAUGACUUCAAUUGGUCACUUGUUAUGCUUGAGCAGUCUCGCCUGGUUCGUCGUUGCGCGGCCCAGCAGACUGCCCAAGCGCGAUGUACUCCCGGACUACGCGAUCACCUAUGCGCCGAUCUCCUAUCUCUUCAGUGGAGAGAAAUACUUCCCUUCGGACGUCGCGACGCAUUUACAAAACGUGGUUCCCGAAGUCGACUAUGUCGCCGUAGGCAGCGCAGGCUCCGUUAACGUGAACAAUCUAAACAGUUACAACAAUAGUGUCUACUUGACCGCGGAUUCCACACCAUCAGAUAGUCUUCCGUGGAUUACCUCAGACUACGGGAAGCCGGACAACAGCACAGGUUAUAGUGGUGCUCCUGGCACCAUCAUUGCAGUCACAAAGAAUGCUACAACUACUGAUGUGUUUUAUUUCCACUUUUAUUCGUACAAUUACGGCGGCACUGUCCUUGACAUUAACUUUGAUGACCAUGUUGGUGAUUGGGAACAUGUUAUGAUCCGGUUCGUCGACGGUGAGCCCUAUGCGGUUUACCACUCGCAGCACGGCGCGGGCUCAGCCUAUUACUGGGACGUGAUGAACUUCGACGGCGGUCGUCCCAUCACCUACAUCGCUACCGGGUCACACGCGAAUUACGCGACGGCUGGGACGCAGGAUUAUACGGUCGCCCUCGGUCUCGUGUCCGAUCACACAGACGCCGGGUAUGGCUGGGACAUCACGCAGAACUACCGUGGCUACUGGUAUGACGUCGGCUCGGGCGAGUUCAGCAUCGCGGGCGGCGCCUCGACCGGUGGCACGGAGGAAGCCACGGAAACUGCCGACUGGCUGCUGUGGCAAGGGUAUUGGGGUGAUGAGCAGUAUCCGACCAGUCACUUUGGCCAGUACUGCCUUUUUGGGGAGUGCCACUACACAUCCGGGCCGACGGGACCCGUAGCAAAGAACCUGGGGCGCACGGCUGUCUGCCAAACCGAAAACGACUGCGUGGUAUUCGAUGAUAUCAAUGAUCUGACGCAUCAGUCUAAAAGAAGGCGGAGCGAGGAUGGAAUUGGUGUUGCCCUGCGAAAAGACAAGAAGGCUUGAUUCGGGAUCAGUGAUCUGGUUGUCCCUAUUCGGAAGUAGACAAGCGCGAGGGCAUUGUAGAACCGCAACAGUGAUUCAAGAUACAGUCUCAUGCAAUCAAACCGAAGGGCCGACCAGAUGCUGGCCGUUGAG